CUCCUCCAAUUCUCCUUCUCACCCAGCAUUGUUGUUUUUGAUCUUUUUAUUCUCUCUUCCUCCGCUACUUCUCCACAAAUCCCUCGGCAAUUCAAUAUGUUGAAAGCCCAGCAAAUGGCUCCGACUGCCAAAGCAUUCAACAUGUCUUCUUGUCGUCGGGGGUUCGCUUUUAAGAAGCCGAAUGUCAGGAGGACAUUCUCUGUCGUGGCUCAGUCAAUGCGAGCGUCCCCAGCCGCACACUUCAACACCUCCAAUGCACAGUCAUCCAAUCCACGACAGUCGCGAAAAGCAGGAGGUAAGUCGUUUCUUGGAAUGACGGGAGGCCAGAUCUUCCAUGAGAUGAUGAGACGACAUGGCGUUAAGCACAUUUUCGGGUACCCAGGAGGAACUAUUCUUCCUGUCUUUGACGCCAUAUACAAUUCGCCGCACUUUGAUUUUAUUCUCCCCAACCACGAGCAGGGCGCAGGACAUAUGGCGGAGGGAUAUGCAAGAGCUUCAGGCAAGCCAGGAAUCGUUCUGGUUACGUCCGGACCUGGAGCGACCAAUGUGGUGACCCCAAUGCAAGAUGCUCUAUCUGAUGGAACCCCCAUCAUCGUUUUCUGUGGCCAAGUUUCAACCUCAGCAAUCGGAAGCGAUGGUUUCCAAGAAGCCGACAUGCUGGGCAUCUCCCGGUCAUGUACCAAGUGGAAUGUCAUGGUCAAACAUGUCUCUGAAUUGCCGCAGAGAAUCAAUGAAGCCUUCCAGAUUGCCACAAGCGGAAGGCCUGGCCCGGUUCUUGUAGAUCUUCCCAAGGACGUCACGGCUGGCUCCGCCUUAGCGCAACCGAGCCAAGCAACACUCUCGAAAACCUUUCACCGCAUAGCGGAACCCAUCGACGUGGCAAAGAGACCUGUCAUCUACGCUGGUCAAGGGGUAGUAAGCUCUCCGAACGGAUCUGAGCUGCUCAGACAGCUUGCUGACCGAUCAUCAAUCCCGGUCACCACUACAUUGCACGGACUGGGAGAAUUUGAUGAACUCGGUGAAAAGUCACUUCAUAUGUUGGGAAUGCACGGUUCAGCCUAUGCCAACAUGGCCAUGCAAGAAGCCGAUCUCAUUCUUGCCCUUGGUGCGCGCUUUGACGAUCGAGUGACUCUAAAUACCCAGAAAUUCGCCCCUGCGGCAAAGGCGGCAGCAGCAGAGGGUCGUGGGGGUAUCGUCCACUUUGAUAUUACGCCAAAAAAUAUCAAUAAAGUGGUCCAGGCAACCGAAGCCGUUGUCGGGGAUGUGUCUGACAGCCUUGCAGAGCUCUUGCCACAUGUGAAGCAGAGAACAAUGGCAGAGCGGCGAGAAUGGUUCGAAAAGAUCCAAGGAUGGAAAAGUCAGUGGCCGCCCGAUUUGUACAAGCAGUCAGGGGCCCGUCCCUAUGUGAUCCAGCAAUUGAGCAAACUGACGGCUGAUCGCAAACAUGAAACGAUCGUCCCCACCGGGCAGUUCCGCUGGCGGUACCCACGUACCAUGAUCACCUCGGGAGGAUUGGGGACCAUGGGUUAUGGGCUGCCUGCAGCGAUUGGGGCCAAGGUGGCACGCCCAGAGGCGUUGGUGGUUGAUAUCGAUGGCGAUGCCUCUUUCGCAAUGUCCCUGACUGAGCUAUCGACGGCGGCCCAAUUCGACAUUGUCGUCAAAAUUGUCAUACUGAACAAUGAGGAACAGGGGAUGGUAACACAAUGGCAGAAACUUUUUUACGAAGAGCGCUACGCGCAUACCCACCCGUUAAACCCUGACUUCAUGGAGUUUGCCAAAGCCAUGCACGUCCAGCACCGUCGGAUCAGCGAGCCAGAUGAUGUAGCUGAUUCCCUGAGGUGGCUCAUUAACACGGACGGGCCCGCCUUACUAGAGGUUAUUACAGAGAAGAAAGUGCCUGUUUUCCCAAUGGUUCCAGCUGGCUGUGCGCUACAUGAGUUCAAUACGUCGAAUGCGGAAAAAGGACAAGGAAAGAAGAAAUCUGAUGCUUGA